UAAAGGGACCUGAUCAGAUCUUUAAAAACAUUUGACUUUUUAUCAUUUUAUCCACAAGUUCCACGAUCCACAGAUCUAAUAAGUGAGAGACCUCUCUUCGGCUGUCAAGAUGCCAGAGCUGAACUGCUCUCUCGCUGCUCUCGUCAUGACCGCUAACACAGUCUUCAGUGACAGGCGCUGCCCGGAGAUUGCUAUGAUGUGUGGGAUGAAUAUCUCCUGGCUUUUAGCCAAUGCUACAGAGAGGGAUGUGAGGGAAAUGUGCUUGAGCGAGGAACAGUACCUUACCCUGCAAUUAGGGCCAGUAAAGUCCCCCUGCUUUCUCCCUGUGUGUAUCACCUACCUCCUCAUUUUCAUGGUAGGCGUCCUGGGAAAUUCCCUGACCUGUGCUGUGAUUUUGCGCUACAAAGUGAUGCAGACGCCCACCAACUACUACCUGCUCAGUCUGGCCAUCUCUGACCUGCUGGUGCUGCUGCUGGGCAUGCCGCUAGAGCUCUACGAGAUGCAACAGAACUACCCAUUUCUGCUCGGGACGGGGGGCUGCUACUUCAAGAUCUUUUUGUUUGAGACCGUCUGCUUUGCCUCCAUCCUGAAUGUAACGGCCCUCAGCGUGGAACGUUACAUCGCAGUGGUGCACCCCCUUAAGGUCAAGUACCUGGCAACUCGCGCUCACGUCAAGAGGGUCAUCUUAGUCCUGUGGGGGCUUUCCAUGCUGUGUGCGGUGCCAAACGCCAGUCUGCAUGGGAUUGUGGUCGUUCCUCCACGGUUUGGACGAGAGUUUCCACAAUCUGCUACCUGUAGUCUGGUCAAGCCCCCCUGGAUGUACAACCUGAUCAUCCUGAUCUCCACCAUAGUUUUCUUUGCCCUCCCUUUGCUGAUCAUCAGCAUUCUUUACCUGCUCAUUGGUCUGCAGCUGCACAGGGAGAAGGUCAGAAACAUGGCAGGGGCCAACGGCAGCUUAGGACCUGACAGUCUUUCCAAGUCCCACAAUCAGAGACUGAGCAAACGCAACCUGCAAGUCACCAAGAUGCUCUGCGUGCUGGUUAUCGUCUUCAGCCUCUGCUGGGCCCCCUUCCACGUGGACCGCCUGAUGUGGAGCUACAUCACCUCCAAGCAGCAUCAGAUGAUCUAUGAAAAAGUCCACAUCAUCUCCGGGGUCUGCUUCUACCUGAGCUCCGCCGUCAACCCCAUCCUCUACAACCUGAUGUCGACCCGGUUCAGGGAGAGGUUUGGCCACAUUACAUGCCACGCCAAAGGCUGUCCGGCACGUUCACACUUUAAGAUGAAUCAGCGCAACACCUUGAACGAGGAGGUGCAGAACAGCAAGAAUUGGACUAAGAGAGAGACCUUGAAUUAA